AUGACGUCCUCCUCAAGACUUCUGUUCCUCCUCCUGGUUCUCUCCACCGCCAGGACGGGCUUCUCCCUCAACGCCGACUCCAUCUUCAGCUGUCUCCUCAGCUCUGCUCUCUCCCAGGCCAAGGAGGAGCUCAUGGCUGCGGAGAACUCAUUCCUGGAGAAGAAGACCUUCGUGGUCCCACUGGUGGACAAUGAAGACUCCAACUCCUCGGAGGACCUGGGGACGGAGAAGGAGAAACGGACGUUCCCGGCCGUCACACGCUACGUCACCCUCGCCCAGUCCAAAGGAAAGACGGUGCACAACCAGGCCAAGAACGACCGGCGCGCUAAGUUUACCCUGUCCUUGGACGUCCCCACCAACCUGAUGAACAUCCUAUUCCACAUCGCGAAGGCCAAGAACCUGAGGGCCAAAGCCGCCACCAACGCUCAGCUGAUGGCCCAGAUUGGCAGGAGGAAGUGA